AGGAGGAGUUGGGCUGCACCUGGUGCGCGUCAUUACUCGCGGGUGCCGAUGGCUGGGGCAGCCGAGCCGGCGGGGCUGCGCGCAGAACGGUGAAAUGUCCAACGUUCCCAGGUGAGGAAGCAGAGGGAGAUGGAGAUUGAGCCCUGACUGCCAACCCCAGGCAGCAAAAAGGGUGGCAAAACCCAGGAGAGAGGAACCCUUGCAGCCCCCCAUCCCUCCAUCCCUCCCCAGCCCUGAAAAUGGCCCCGGGUGCCCCGAGAGAAGCAGGGGUGUGGAGGCAGACCCGAGCUCUGCUCUUCAAGAACUGUCUCAUCAAGUGCAGGACCAAGAAGAGCAGCGUCCAGGAGGUGCUUUUCCCCCUGUUCUUCCUCUUCUGGCUGAUCCUGAUGAGCAUGAUGCACCCUCACAGGAGAUACGACGAGGUGCCCAACACGGACCUGGGCCCCCUGGACCCCUCGGUGCUGCUGAAUUUUGUCAUCGGCUACACCCCCCCCACGGCCCUGGCCCGGGAGAUCAUGAAGAAAGUGGCUUUUGACAACUUUGAGGAUGGCCUCAUCACGGAGGAGUACCUGAGCGAGGAGGAGCUGGAAGAGGCGAGUUUCUUCAAGCCCUCCAACUUCGUGGGGGUGGUGUUCAAGGACUCCAUGUCCUACCAGCUGCGCUUCCGCGACUCCAUCGCCAUGUCCUCCGUCCACACGGAGUCCCGAGCCACGUGCUCCAGCCUGCGGGAGAGCUGCGAGUCAGUGACCUACUGGAGCUCGGGCUUCACGGCCCUGCAGGCCUGCAUCGAUGCUGCCAUCAUCCAGCUGAAGACAAAUCAUUCUGUUUGGGAACAGCUGGAUCUGACCAGAGCCAUGGUUAUGGGAGAGGCUGCAGUGGUGGAAAUUGAUAAUUUCCCUCGUGCAAUCAUUUUAAUUUACCUGGUGAUUGCAUUCUCCCCCUUUGGGUAUUAUUUGGCAAUUCACAUCGUGGCAGAAAAGGAGAGGAAGCUGAAGGAGUUCUUGAAAAUUUUGGGACUCCAUGACACUGCCUUCUGGCUGUCCUGGGUGCUGCUCUACAUGAGCCUGAUUUUUGUCAUGUCCAUCCUGAUGGCUGUGAUUGCCACGGCCUCGUCCCUGUUCCCCCAGAGCAGUGCCUUUGUCAUAUUCCUGCUUUUCUUCCUCUAUGGAGUCUCCUCUGUUUUCUUUGCCCUGAUGCUGACCCCUCUGUUUAAGAAGUCCAAGCACGUGGGGAUAGUGGAGUUCCUGGCAACUCUGGUUUUUGGCUUUGUGGGCCUCAACAUCGUCCUGCUGGAGGAUUUCCCCAAAUCCUUCGUGUGGAUCCUCAGCCCUUUGUGUCAGUGCAGCUUCUUGAUUGGUGUUGCACAGGUCAUGCACCUGGAGGAUUAUGAGGAUGGGGCAACGUUUGCAAACAUCAAUGCUGGUCCUUACCCUCUCUGUAUCUCUCUGAUUCUCCUGGUGCUGGACAGCAUCUUUUACCUGCUUGUAGCUGUCUACCUUGACCAGGUGAUCCCAGGUGCUGAAAUAGUUCAUGUGUCUUCUUUCAGAAUCAGCUGUGUUCAGAAAACAUUCAUGAAAAAGGGGGAAACCGUGGAGGCUCUCAGAAAUUUGUCCUUUGACAUCUACGAGGGGCAGAUCACGGCACUGCUGGGCCACAGCGGCACCGGGAAGACGACGCUGAUGAACAUCCUCUGCGGGCUGUGCCCUCCCACGGACGGGUUUGUGUCAGUCUAUGGGCACAGGGUGUCUGAGAUCGACGAGAUGCUGGAGGUGCGGCAGAUCGCGGGCGUGUGCCCCCAGGCCGACAUCCACUUCGACAUCUUGACUGUGGAGGAGAACCUCUCCAUCUUCGCUGCCAUCAAGGGCAUCCCUCAGAACGAUUUGAUACAAGAGGUGCAGAAGGUGUUGCUGGAUUUGGAGAUGCAGCCCAUCAGGGACAAUCAAGCCAAAAAAUUAAGUGGGGGGCAGAAGAGGAGGCUGUCAGUGGGAGUUGCUGUUCUUGGGAACCCCAAGGUUUUGCUGCUGGACGAGCCCACGGCGGGGAUGGAUCCCUGCUCCCGCCACAUCGUCUGGAACCUGCUGAGGAGCAGGAAAGCCAACCGUGUGACUGUGUUCAGCACCCACUUCAUGGACGAGGCUGACAUCCUGGCUGAUCGUAAAGCUGUGAUUUCCCAAGGGAUGCUGAAAUGCCUCGGCUCUUCUCUCUUCCUCAAGAGCAAGUGGGGCAUUGGCUACCGCCUGAGCAUGCACAUCGAUGCCUAUUGCAACACAGAGGCCACCACGUCUCUGAUCAGGCAGCACAUCCCUGCAGCCAGCCUGAUCCAGCAGAACCACGAGCAGCUCGUGUACACCCUCCCUCUCAAGGACAUGGACAAGUUUGCAGGUUUGUUCUCUGACCUGGACACCCAUUCCCACCUGGGGGUCAUCACCUAUGGCGUGUCCAUGACCACGCUGGAGGACGUUUACCUGAAGCUGGAGGUCGAGGCCGAGAUUGAUCAAGCAGAUUACAGCGUGUUCCACUCGCAGCAAGCACAGGAGGAGAUGGACACCAAGUCCCUGGAUGACAUGGAGCAGAGCCUGCUGAUGCUCUCCGAGGCCAAGGCACCAGCCAUGAGCAACUCAGCCCUGUGGAAGAAGCAGGUUUCCACCAUAGCCAAAGUGCACUUCCUCAGCCUGAAACGGGAGAACAAGUGUGUCAGAGUUAUGUUGUUGCUUUUCCUCAUUUUCCUUGUAGUUCAGAUUUUGUUGUUUUUCAUACACCACAUCAUCAAAAAUGCUGUAGCUGCUAUCAAACUCUCCCCAGAUUUGUACUUGCUGAAGCCUGGAGAGAACUAUCACAAGUACAGGAGUCGGCUCCUGCUGCAGAACUCCACAGAGUCGGAUAUCAGUGACAUUGUGCACUCCCUGGGGAGCAUGAACAUCCUCUGGGAGAUGUACAAUGACAGUGAUUAUGUCUCUGUGGCACCUCACAGUGCAGCUCUGAACGUGUUUGCCCUCCAGUCCAGGCAGAAUUAUGUUUUCAACAUCAUAUUCAACAGCACCAUGGUGCAUUCCCUGCCAGUUCUGAUGAACAUUGUCAGCAACCUCCUCCUGCGCAGUCUGAACGUGACUGAGAGCAUCCAGAUCUGGAGCAACCCCUUGAUUCAGGAUCUUCCAGACACAAUUUUCAGGCUGGAGAUCUAUUUUGAAGCCGUGUUGCUGGGGAUCAUCAUCACUGGGAUGCCUCCCUACUUUGCCAUGGACAACGCAGAAAACCACAAGAUCAAGGCUUACACCCAGCUGAAGAUUGCAGGGCUCUAUCCCUCAGCUUACUGGACUGGCCAGGCUGUGGUGGACCUGCCUCUGUUCUUCUUCAUCCUCAUCCUGAUGAUUGGCAGCCUCUUUGCCUUCCACUACGGCGUUUAUUUCUACGUGGGCAAGUUCCUGGCUGUGAUUUUUUGCCUGAUUGGUUACGUCCCCUCAGUCGUGCUCUUCACCUACGUGGUCUCCUUCACCUUCAGAAAAGUCCAGAACACGAAGGAAUUUUGGUCAUUUAUAUUUUCAGUGACAGCCCUGCUCUGCACAGUUGUCACUGAGGUGUCCUUUUUCCUGGACCAUUACCUGGUAACCACCAUCCUGCAUUAUGUCUUCUCCAUCUUCAUUCCUAUUUAUCCCCUUAUUGGCUGCCUGAUCUGUUUUAUAAAGGUCUCAUGGAAAGGCCAGAGUGACAGUGGGGGAUUCCACGACCCCUGGGACCGGCUGCUGGUGGCAGUUCUGGCUCCCUACGUGCAGUGUGUGGUGUGGCUGUUCCUGCUGCGCUGCUUCGAGCUGAAGAACGGGGGCAGGACGGUGAGAGAAGAUCCCUUCUUCAGGAAAUGUUUUACCAAAGCCAAGCCCUGGAAGUUCCCAGAUGUGCCUCAUGAGGAGAACGAGGACGAGGAUGUGAAGGCAGAGAGGCUGAGAGUCAAAGAGAUCCUGAGCAGCCCCAGGAGCGAGGAGAUGCCAGCAAUCCUGGUCAGCAGCCUGCACAAAGAGUUUGAUGAAAGGAAGGAAUUUCUUCUGGGGAGAAAAAUAAAGAAAGUGGCAACCAAACAUGUUUCCCUCUGUGUGAAGAAAGGAGAAAUCCUGGGUUUGCUGGGACCCAAUGGAGCUGGGAAAAGCACAUUAAUUAAUAUGCUUGUUGGAGAGAUUGAACCAACCAGUGGGCAGGUUCUGAUGGGAGAUGAUUCCUUGGGGCUGAGCAGUGAGGAUGACUCUGUGAAAUUCGUGGGCUACUGUCCCCAAACAAAUCCUCUGUGGCCAGAUAUCACAUUGCAGGAGCACUUUGAGAUUUAUGGUGCUAUCAAAGGCAUGAGCCAGUCUGAUAUUAAAGAGGUCAUCAAGCGCAUCGCCAGCGUGCUGGAUUUAAAGGACCACCUGCAGAAGACGACAAAGAAGUUGGGCAUGGGGCUGAAACGCAAGCUCUGCUUUGCCCUCAGCAUGCUGGGCAACCCGCGGGUGACGCUGCUGGACGAGCCCUCCACCGGGAUGGACCCCAAAGCCAAGCAGCACAUGUGGCGGGCAAUCCGAGCAGCCUUUAAGAACAAGGAGAGAGCAGCAAUCCUGACCACGCACUACAUGGAGGAGGCAGAUGCUGUCUGUGACCGUGUGGCCAUCCUGGUGUCAGGGCAGCUCAGGUGUAUAGGUACUGUCCAACACCUGAAGAGCAAAUUUGGCAGAGGAUACUUCUUGGAAAUGAAACUAAGGGAAACAGCAGAUGUGCAGCAGGUGGAAUAUCUGCAGAGCCAGAUUUUGCACAUCUUCCCCAACGCCAACCGCCAGGAAAGUUUUGCUUCCAUCUUGGCGUAUAAAAUUCCUAAAGAAGAUGUACAGUCACUUUCACAUUCUUUUUCCAAGCUGGAGGAAGUAAAACACGCCUUCAACAUCGAGGACUACAGCUUUUCCCAAGCAACACUGGAACAGGUGUUUGUGGAGCUGGCUAAAGAGCAGGAGGAGGAGGACAGCAGCUUUGGCACCCUGAACAGCAGCCUGUGGUGGGAGAGGACGCAGGAGGACAGAGUCAUUUUCUGAGCUCCUCGUGCUCCUGUUGGUGCCAGCACCAAUCUUCCCUCUGCUCCUGGAGCUGGGCUGGGCAAGGACAGCUGGGUUUGGGAGCCCUGAGCCUGUCCCACCAUCCUGGCCUUGGGAAUAAUGCCACAGGAGCCGUGAGCAUCCCACUGCUCCUCUGGCUGACCCCAAAUCCUCCUCCCCUCGCUGCUGCCGGGCUGUGCUGGGCAGGAGGCAGUGCCACAGCAUCUCCUGGAGCUGGUGGCUGGUGCAGGAGCUGCCACCUGCCUUCCCCUGGCUCUGCUGGGCAGGAGGUUGGGCUGUGCUUCAGGAAAAGCCUGUCUGAGCAGAGCCAGUCUCUGCAGGAGCAUCCUGCCCCGGGGCUUUGCAGGGUCUGGCUGGGCACUCUGCCCAUCCUGCACACCCAUCCCUGCUCCUCCACCAGCCCAGCCACCCCUGCUGCUGCUUUGAAGAUGCACCUGCUUAGAAGAGAGGGGAAAAAGCCCUGCAGAGUCCCUGGGCCUCUGCAAGGAGGGUCCUGAACUGCACGGCCAGCUCGGCUUGGCGUCCCACCAGCCCGAAAUGUUCAUCUGCAGAGCAAAGCUGGCACCUGCUGGCACUGCCAGUCCCCUCCCCUGCAGGCUGGCAGCUGUGUGCUGCCAGGUGGGGCUUGUCCUGCAUGCUGGGGGUGGACAGAGUGGAGGUGGCUCUGCCCUGUCUCCAUUCAGAGCUGUCUGAUUCUUGCCCUGGCUGUGACAAGGUGUGUCCUGCCAGCUGCUCUCACACACAGUGCUUUGGACAUGGUUGCAUUUUCCUUGCCAGUGCAUUCAUGAGCUCCAGUGUUUCCCACUCCCUCGUUGUUGUGGUUGCAGUCAGUGACACAGGGCCCAUUUUGUCACCCCCUUUGUAAAACCCCAAAUAAAAGGGUCCCAAUUCACAGCCUCACCCAUAAGAAAGGUGCCUUUGGUUUGCAUAGAAGCACUAAGAAGAGUAGAAAAUGUGGUCCUGAGAUAUGACAGAUGUAUGUUGAAAUAUUUUUUGUUGUUUUUUUCUACACAAAGCUAUCAUCACUUUUUUUUUGGUUUUAUAAGGGGAAAUUAAAGAUUGCUCCCAGUUCAUUUUGCUCUGCAAUGAACAGACACAGAGAUGUGUUUCUAUUGAGACAUUGGCUUCAUAAGUCAUAUCAUUUAUGUAUCUUCACUUUAAAGUUAGAAAAGUCCUUGGUUUUUCUUGAGAAAACUCGAAAAAAUGGGUAAAGUUGGAGUUGUGUGUCCCAGCUGUUUGUAAUUCCCAGGCAAUAAUGUGUGUGAUAUGUUUGAUAAUGGUUUAUCAGUGUGUUCAGCCACAAUCUGUUUCCAUCAGUUUCUUGUAUAGGGAAAUGUGAACUCCUUAUGCAGAAUUUGACUUCCUCUUUUGUACCCAUAGGUUGCAUAGAAAUGCACAGCUUUGGGUUUGUAGUUAAAAUUUGAGCCCAAGCCCUGCAGAAAGCCCUGAACAUCCCAGGGAAGCACAGCCCUGGAGGUGAGGGAUUGAAAGGACAGGAUUAAAGCAAACUGCAGCUCCAGCACUGCCUGACAGGGGUGAAACUUGUCAGAAAAGAAACAAAAACCCUCAGAAUCAGGUGUUGUAUUUAUUUCACCCCAGCCCUGCUGCUGGCUGGGAGCUCUGAGCUUUUGCCUUUAUUUGGAGCAAUUUGAGACUCAGAAUUCUCUUGGCACUUCCCCAUGCAGGUGUGUACAAGUCGAGUGCAUUUUUCCCAAAUCCCACAUUUCUUUGGUGUCUUUUUGACAGUGGUGUUUCAGCCAAGUGUCACCUGCCCAUCAAUCCAGCACCUUCUUGUCACCUGGAUUUAGGGAAUUAGUGUGGCCUGUGAGCAGCCUUGGUGUCUGCCUUGAAUUUAUUCUUUCACUUGGAGUUGAUUGUCUGUAAAAUAGUUCUGUGCUGUCUGUUUCAGAUGUUUCCAUAUUUCCUCACAUUUCAGAUGGGAAAACUUUGGAUUAGAAGCCAGAUGAGCUCAGUUUGGUGCUGUUGUUUAUCUUGGAGGAGCCCAGUGGAUGGUGGCACUGGUUUUUGUGCAGCUACAGAAAGGACAGAGAAUUUGGCUCUUUAAAUUAAUUCCCUGUUUGGGUGGGAUCUGUUUGACCUGGUGACAUCAUGGGUUAAAGUAGGGCAAAAUUCCACCCCAAAACAUCACUGUCCUCAUGUCAGAAGUGUUUCAAAGUGUCCUAAAAUGUCUGUAAUUGCCAGAAUAGGGAAAAAAACCAGGCAGAAUUAAACCAGGGAAUGAAUGGCCUGGAAACAGCAGAUUUAUUCCUGGCAUUUGGAGCUCUUUGUUCAGCUGUUAUCAGUGCCAUUCCAAAUCCCAUCCACCCAACACACACCCAGCCUGUGCUCCCAGAGAUAAACUGGAUUUGGGGGGAUUUGGGGUAAAUCCAGCCAGUUUGGGUCACCGUUCCCAGGUGAGCUGGUUGGAGCUGCCUUGCAGGGUUCCUGUGAUGUAUCCAAAGCUUGGAUUUCACCUUCACUUCGUGCUCUUGUGACAAGGUUGUAUUUUUCUAUGGAGAGUUUCACGUGUCUGGUUCUGUUUAGGUUCCCAAGAAAUGUCCUUAUUUAAGAGUAUCUCUGUUCAGCAAGUGAGAUUUAUUGCACAGCCAACUCGCAGAGCUCUGGCAGCAGAAGCAGAGGGUGUCAGCCUGAAGGUGACACACUUGGGACACUCCUCCUGCUGCUGGGCCACGUGCAGCUCCUUUUACACACUUGCCUUUCUUUCAGCUCUUGGCUGUUCUUGUAAAGGUGAGAGUUUUCCUUUCCCAGCUGGAAGUACUUCCAAAAUAAAGAUGGAUUGGGUUGUUAAA